ACCGAAAAUACUACUUACUUACUACACACAUAUACCAAGAAAUUUUACAGACAGACAGACAGACAAAGAGAAAUAUGGCUGACUGGGGACCGGUGGUGAUCGCGGUGGUGUUGUUUGUGCUUCUGUCGCCGGGGCUGCUGUUUCAGAUACCGGGAAGGAACAGGGUCGUGGAUUUCGGGAAUAUGCAGACCAGCGGCAUGUCUAUUCUAGUUCACACCAUCAUCUAUUUUGGCCUUGUCACUAUCUUCCUUAUUGCCAUCGGAGUUCACAUCUACGCAUCCUAGCCUAGCUAGCUAGCUAAUUCUAUCUUGGCCCUAAUUCCCAUUCAUUCUUAAUAUAUAUGUUUGUGUUUUUACUCUA